AUGGGCACUGCUGCCUGGUGGAUAUGGAAGAGGCCAGCAGCAGCUUUUUGCAAGGUUGGUCUCUCGCCCAAGUGGGAUCGCCGUGAAGCUUUCGCUCUUCCACCGUACUACACUAGCGAGAAGGCCAAAGCACCAGUUUCGGAACAGUCCAAGAUGAAAGAGCUGAGAAAGUUUGUCCGGGAAUUCAAGGGAGAGGAACCCAAUGAGAAUGCGGAGCAGGAGAAGGUUGUGAGCCUAUGCCGGACUCUCAACGCUAAGGCCGACACUUCGGAGGUAGUCAAGAAUUGGAUAGCCGAUGGAAAUGUGAUGUCACGGGACGUUGCUGCUAAACUCAUGAACGUCGUGAGAGAAGAACGCCUGGUAGAAAUGACCUCGAAGCUAUACAUGCAAGAGAUCUCACAGCUAUGUCUUCAGCUGGGGCCAUCAAAAGGCGAGGCGUUGUUCAGAAGCAUGCCAGAGAGUUUGAGGACGGAGGAGGUAACCACGGCUUUUCUUACUGCUGUUGCGAAAGAGGACGACUCGGCCAGAGCGGAGAGAUUGAUGGACGAGCUGAACAGCACGUUGUCCGUCGACGCCUGGAGCGCGGUUCUACACAUGUAUCUCAGAAGGGACAGGCACGACAAGCUGCGGGACACUUACUACAGGUUCAAGCAGAAAGGGUUGAAGCCGGUCCUUUUUACGUACUGGCUGGUUCUCCAGUGCCGAGAAAGAGUCGGCGGUUUUGAGGAGAUUGAGAUGGAGUUCGACGCGGAGCUGAAAAGAACUAACUUCGAAGAGGCAGACACACGGCUACUCAAUCUGAUAAUGCGUUCCUAUGCACUCUUGGGAAAGCGGAAGAUGGUGGACAGGAUGUGGACGCUGCUCAAGAGCGAACAAGUUGCUGCUCCCGACUUAAACAGCUACGUCUCCGCAAUCAAGUCGUUUGGUUUGUUCGGGGACUUGGAAAAGGCAUAUGAGGUGCUGGAGGAAGUGCUGCAAAAGUUCGAACGGAUUCCUCAAAAUCCAUACAUCUGGAUCGUGGAAAUCUGCGUGAGGCUCAAGAUGAUGGACCAGGCGGAGAAGCUCAUGGAGAAGCACAUCGGCAAGAGCUGCUUUCUUCCCUACAACUUUCUGGUCACUGGCUACGUUGAAACUUGCCAGAUCUCAAGCGCGCUCAAGAAGCUGGACGAAGCUUUCGAGAUUCCUUUCAAGGACCGGAAGCUAUUCUACAAGACAGUGAUGGCUUUGCUCCCGGUGUUCGCCAAGAGGGGAGACAUACACUCGGCCGAGAAGCUCAUUUCCAACUACGGCUCCUGCGGUGACGUGAAAGUCUACAACGCACUGCUCAACGUCUACGUUUCUACAAAGAGGAUGCCAACCAACGUCCUUCACAGGAUGAAGAACCAUAACAUUGAACCGAAUGAAGAGACAUGGAGACUCAUGGACACACUGGAAUCGUUCUGGGAUCACAAGCCAGGACGCAGUACUGUCUGGAGAGUCGUGAAUGGGCGGAGGAUACCUCGGGACCAGCAAAUGGCUCACUUGAAGUUCUCCAGGGAAGGAAAAGAUGUCAGGAACCGCGGCCUAAUUCCAAAGAGCUAA